UGUUAACUCAAGUUGGUUAGGGAGAAUAAAUGGUGGGAGCAAAAACCGUGUCCUAAAAUGCAGAUCUCACUGCCUGAUAAAUUAGAAAAAACCCAUAGAUUUCCAAGUAAUUAUCAGAGCAAUUCCAACGGGCAGGCUGAUAAUGAAAUUCGCCCACCUGCUCACCUGCUACCGCCACACCCCCCGUCGGAACCACCUUUCCCAUUGCUUUAUCCACAGACCACUAAGGAAUACACCAAAUUACCUCCGUUGUCUUUGAGUAAAGCAGACUACUUUGGUCGUACAACUUUCCCAAAUCAGUCGACUGUAAAGCGCGUGCGAAAACGUAUUUUGCAGGUUGAUGCGCAAACGGAAACCGUGUGCGUUCCUCAGUUUCGUUGUUUAGUUUGUGGUCUAGAUUGUCAACGAGGAGACAUAUUAUAUGCUCAUUUAUUGCUCUUGAGGCAUGAAUUCGAUGCCUCCGAAAACCAUUCGAUUGGUGGUACAUCAUUAUCAUCAUCAUCUUCGUCAUCCGAUCGGUCCGGCCGACUUCACUGUCGACGAUGUGGCAGACGUUGGGAGUCGGAAGUUGAAUUUCUGUGUUCAAAUCAGCACAGUUGUGUUCAGCAAAAAGCUGCCUAUCUAAGUGGUUUUUUGGCGCCGAGUGACUCCAUUCGUCAAGGCCUACCAUUUGUAUGCCUAUUGUGCUGUACAGAACCACAAGAGAAUGGCGCGAGACGAUCCUAUCCUAUCCGGACACAGAAUGGACUGAUACCUAAACGACCGUUGAAACCGCACGAAGCUGCCAUGCGAUUUACCUCUAAGAUCCACUUGGUUGUACACAUUCUUUGCCGUCAUGCCGUUCGGCGAAAAAGUGGAAUGUGUGCCGAGUGUCCCCUCGUCAAACUAGAGUCACCUACAGACGAGGACGGUUCCGAAGAAAGUGCUUUCUGGUGUUUACGAAGUCAUGAACGUAAGCCAAAGUUGCUCAGAAUUCUCUCGGUUGAUAGUGAUAAUUCGAGUUCCGAUUCCGACGCAGAAACAGUAUCGCCGGUGCACAGUGUGGACUAUUCAAUGUUGCGGAGAGAAGGUCUACAGUCCAUCGAGAAGCACAUCGAUGAGUACCAUCUGCCAAUGUUUGAACUAAUCACGUGGUACAUGCAACAUUCCUCAUCACCACAAUCCAUGAAUUCAAAUAUGCAGAGGACUGCCAUGUACAGUUGCCCUAUUUGUGACCUGAACAAUUUGAGAUUGCUACCGAAAUCAAGCUCAACAAGCGGUGAAGACUAUUCAUCAACAUUUGGUGAAUGCGCCCCCAUAAAUAGUAAUGCUUUGCUUCAGGCACACAUAGUAUGUUACCAUGCAGGAGCAAAGGAACUAGACGCAUUGCUUGAAGUGUGUCAAGUAUGUGAGACGAGUGAUUUAGCGCGAAUGUUCCGAGGAACAAGACCUGAGUGUUCGACGGAACAUGCCCAAGGAGCAAACAGACAUCUCUCGCGGUCGGGUCAUCUUUACCGAUUACAGUGCCAGUUUGAACGGUGCGUUGGUCAAGGUCGAUUGGAUUCUGGGAGCCUGCAUGUGAGUCUCGACUGGUCCACGGUUUGCCUAUUUUGUUGGCGGAGAUAUGCGACGCAUCUGGGCAGUCCGAUGGCCAACCUGGUGGCACAAAGCCGAUUACAGACACAUUUACUUGUACAACAUUGCGCGCAGCUUGGUGAAGGACGAUCCCGCUGUUGUCAAGAGCUGGACACUUUCUGGUUGAAACCCUGUGGGUGGUGCGGUGCAACUGCGAGUUCCCGGGAAGAAUCUGGUAAGUUAUGCUACUGUGAGCAUCAAAGUAUAUGUUAUAGGGCUCGUAACUAUUUGAAAAGUUACAGGCGUACAGGUUAACCACAUCCACGUCAAAUGGUCCUUCAGAUAAGAAACCGCGGCAGAUUCGGGAUCCUCAAUGGCAGCGAUUACAGGAACAGUACACCUGGUUAUUGGAACAUGAGCGACAACAUGCGAACAUGCUAGCCGCAUGGUGGUGGGCAAAAGAACAGAAUUCGUCAUCAACAAUGCUCCAUUAGACUUGUACGGUUUUCCGAAUUUCGAGUCAUCUCAGCUUUGUCCGUCUCCUGUACACCUGUGAUCAAUCCGUGUGAUCAUGCGAGUAAACCCG